AUGUCUGCAAUGUAUGAUCUGUUGGGAAGAUUCAGUGUAUUAGUGGUGGUGUUAUGGCUGUUGUGGAAGUUGUCUCGAGGUUUGUGGACCUCUUUCAUUGCCUCCAGUUUGGGACUCGGAGUCAAGUGGUGUCCGUCCGACAAGACUUGGGCUAUCAUAACGGGCGCCACCGAUGGCAUCGGAAAGGCUUACGCCCAGAGGAUGGCUAAAAUGGGAUACAAUUUGCUGCUAAUCAGCAGAAGUGAAGACAAACUGAACAAAACGAAAGAAGAGAUUUUGGCGAAACACAAGAAGUGCUCUGAAGUGAGAGUUCUUGCCGUCGACUUCACCCAAAAUGAUAUAUACGAUCGCUUAGAGGCCACUAUCGGUUCACUGGACGACAUCCAUGUGCUGAUCAACAACGUCGGCAUCUCCUACUCAUACCCCGAAUAUUUCACUCAAAUCCCGGACUCACAGAAGUUGAUUGAAUCGAUCAUUAACUGCAAUAUCAUAUCAAUGACGCGAAUCAUUGAACUGGUUUUGCCUAAAAUGGAGGCCAAAAGACGUGGAGUUAUCAUAAACCUGUCCUCAUAUUCGGCGUCAUAUCCGAUGCCAUUGCUGUCUCUGUACGCCUCGUCCAAGAUCUACGUGGACUUCCUGUCGCGAGCCCUUCAGGUGGAGUACGCCAACAAAGGCAUCACCAUUCAGAGUGUGUUACCCGCGUAUGUCAUGACAAACAUGAGUAAAAUCCGUCGCUCCUCUCUAAUGGUUCCCACGCCUGAAGUCUAUGUCGACCACGCGUUGAGAACCGUCGGCAUCGAGAGCCGCACUUAUGGCUAUUGGCCGCACAAACUCCAGGGAUUCCUUCAGGACUCCAUUAUCUCAAACACCAUUGGACUCGGAUCUGACUUCAACAUCAAGUUGGCCUUCAAUGCACUCAAAGACGUCAGACGAAGAUAUUAUAAGAAGGAGGGGUUGAAAGAGAAGACCAACUGA